UGGCAGUCUGAGAGGACAGACCAGCAACAAGUUGAAGCAGAUUGAGAAAGAAUACAGCCAGAGGCUUUUAAAAUCUUCGCAGACUGUAGCUGAACUUCAGACUACUAUUACAUCCUUAAGGGAAGAGAACAGCCGACAGCAGCUGGCUGCAGAGAGACAGCUCCAAGAAGCUGUGGGAAGAUGUGAAGAUGAGAAGAGACUGUUGAUUAGAGAUAAUGAUAGAAGUAUGAAGGCUCUGGAAAAUGAAGCAGAAAGCUAUCACAACCAGAUACAAGUGUUAGAAAAUGCGAUACAAAACAAAGAGCUGGAGACUCAGGAACAGAUCACUCACAUCCAGCAAGAAUAUGAAAUGAAAAUCAAAGGCCUGAUGCCUGCCACAGUGCGACACGAACUUGAAGAUACCAUUAGUUCCCUGAAGUCUCAGGUAACUUUCCUUCAGAAGAGGGCAUCUGUUCUUCAGGAAGAGCUAAACACCUACCGCAAUAGAAGAUGAAGAACCAUUGGGAUGAUUUCCUUACCUCACUCACACCUUCAGUAUAACUAACAUGGCACAGAAUUGGAUUCCAACAGAAUCAGCAGCUACUAUGUAAGGAUGGGCAGAGCAAUGAGAUUAAAAACUGACUAUUAGUAAUCUUAUAUUGUAUCGAAGCUCAAAAAGACACUAUUCCCCCUAUAAGUAUUGUGUCUUCCCUUCCACUUUGUUUUGUUCCAAUCAGACAUCCUUUUAACAUUUUAAUUUUGCUUUUCAAAUGUUUAUAUAUUUUUUAUAAACUAUAUCAAUAAUCUGUAAGUCUGUACAUAUCAGUCAAUAUUUUCUUAUUAUUUAAAUCUGCAGUUCUUGCCUUAAAUCUAGCAAUCAAGUUCUCAUUUAAAAUUAUGCUUUGUAUUGUACAUCAUUUAUUUUUAACAUUGCUAUGAUUUUUAAAUGCUAACAUCUCAUUAAAUUUUCUAUUCCA